AUGACUACAAAGAAGGCUAUAAAAUGGGUCAAUGCUUUAGAUUCAGUUUUGAUUGCAAAGACUAAGGGAUCAGAAACUGGAAAGAGUAAAAUAGCAGCGUUUGAUUUGGAUGGCACCCUUAUAUCUACAAAGAGUGGCAACACAUACGCCAAAAAUGAGCAUGAUUGGAAGUGGUGGGAUCCAUCUGUCCCUCAAAAAAUCAAAUCUUUACACAAUGAAGGGUUUAAAAUAGUAGUAUUCUCUAAUCAAAAUGGAUUGAAUUCUGAUAAGAAGAUUAACAGUUUCAAGUUUAAAAUUGAAACUAUCUUGAACGAGGUAGAUACACCCGUGCUUUUUAUGGCAGCUUUGAAAAAGAACAUAUACAGGAAACCUAUGACAGGGAUGUGGGAUUGGUUUGCUGAGAACAAUGAGGCACAUAUUGAUAAAGGCGCCAGCUUCUAUGUUGGCGAUGCUGCAGGUAGACAGGCCGAGUGGAAACCAAAGUAUAAAAAGGACCAUUCUUGUGGUGACAGAAAAUUCGCUCAAAAUAUUCAAAUUGAAUUUUAUACACCUGAAGAGUUCUUUUUAAAGGAACCAAAAGCCAAAUUUUCGUGGGGCGGAUUUAAUCCUAAAGAAUAUUUAUCUUCCAACCUACCUCUUUAUACGCCUGACACACCGUUGACUGUAGAAGAUCACAAUGAAUUGAUAGUUUGCGUAGGCUAUCCCGCCAGUGGUAAAAGUAGUUUUGUCAAAAAGUUUAUCGUGCCGAAAGGCUACGUUUAUGUCAAUCAAGACACGUUAAAGACCCGUGACAGAUGUGUAAAAGCUUGCAAGGAAGCUUUGGCUAACAAACAAUCCGUUGUCAUUGAUAACACCAAUCCAGAAGCAUCCACACGUAGUUUAUAUAUUAAGCUUGCAAAGGACGCAAACGUGCCUGUCCGAUGCUUCUACUUUGGUGAUAAUGAAGAUUUAGCACAACACAAUAAUUACUAUAGAGCACUUUACAAAUCACAAGAAAAGAAGGAUGUACUCAGUAUUAUUGCCUAUCGCACAUUUAAAUCCAAACUUCAAGAACCUUCAACCAAAGAGGGAUUCAGUGAAGUCAAGCGUAUCAAUUUCAAGUUUGAUACUUCAUCUGAAAAGGAUACUGAAGCAUGGUGUAGGUGGUGGGUUUAA